GGCUUCUCCAGAUGCUGCCAAGGGCAGUGUUGUGUCAGUGUGAUCUGUCUGAAGGGAAACAGAGGAAGAUCCCUAAAUGCUAAUAGCGAGAAACCUGAGCUGAAAGAUAAUCAAACCGAGGAGGAAGAAUAAAAAAAAAAAAAACACAGCAGUGGCGCCUCCUUCCCCGGUUUGGUUUUGCAUUUAAGGUCCGCUGCAUAAACACGAAGGAAGAGGGAAGCGAUCUUGGUGCAUUGAAAAGGUAAAAGCUUUGUGCCUAUGUCUUCAGGUACCGGUUGCUUAUUCUAGUUUUUUUUCCAAUCCAGCCCCACAUUUGUGACUUCACACAAGGAUGAAAAUCGAAGAGCGGGACCCUGCAGGCUGCACACAAGGCGAGGCGUCAGAAGGAACAGGAAAAGCUCCAUACUUGGGCAUCGUAGGUUGCAAGAUGGACAUGGAGGGAGCAGUGCAUUCUGGGAGUACCAGGGAGAUUCUCAGGAGGUCAAUUUUGCAUCAGGUGAAGGAGGAGCCGGAAGAAGCCUUGACCCAGCAUUGGGAAGCCCAAUGGCAGACGUUCCUAGGAACAGUGGAGGCCCCUCACUUGGGCUGGGGGGUCCCACAGGUGCCGGAGGAGCCCACCCCCUGGGACGAUGCCAAGACCUUCCUGGCCUCCUUUGAGCAAGUGGCCAAAGCCUGCCGGUGGCCCCGGGAAGAGUGGGCGGCCCGCCUCCAGCCGGCCCUCAGCGGAGAAGCCGAGUGGGCCUUUCGAAGCCUGGAGGCUGGAGACAGAGAGGAUUAUGGGAAAGUGAAGGCGGCCAUCUUGCGGGGGGAUGCCAUGAGCAGGGAAGAGCGGCGCCAACGCUUCUGGGGCUUCCGCUACCAGGAGCCCGAGGGGCCCAGAGGGGCCUACACCCGGCUCCAGGAGCUUUGCUCCCGGUGGCUGAAGCCGGAGAGGCACACCAAGGAGCAGAUCCUGGAGCUGCUGAUCCUGGAGCAGUUCCUGACCAUCCUUCCGCCGGAGAUCCAGAGCAGGGUGAGGAAUUGCAGCCUGGAGACCUGCUCCCAGGCGGUGGCCCUGGCCGAGGACUUCCUCCAGAGGCAGCAGCAGACCAAGAGAUGGGAAGUGCAGGUCACCUCAGAAGAGGCAGCUGUGAGCUUUUCUGAGGGACUCUGGGCUCCACCUUCCAUGAAGGAGAAACAUCUGUAUGUAGAAACCAAGCAAGAAGAUGGAGAUGCCAGCCUUUUGAUAGGAAAAGAGCGGAUGACCACAGAUGAGGAGGAGGAGGAUAAAUAUGUACCAGGCGGUUCAGAACUGGUGGGACUGCAGGGGACAUUGACCUGGAAAGUAGAAGAGGAACUUCCUCUGUGUUGUGAGCCUGAAAAUGUCUUGGGAAGUCAGGAUGGAGGAAGGUGUCAGCAGGAAACCCACCCAGUGGAGGGAGCUGUUGGAGCCGCUCCUUGUAGGGAAGGUCACGAGGCCCCAAGGGAAACCACAGACCAGGAAGGAGGAGGAAACUUCGUUUCCUGGCUGGAAGAAAGCGAAGAUCCCUUUGCUCAGAGCAGUGAGGGAGGAGAGGGAUUAGCAGAAGGCAGCUUGCGAGAGAUUGAGGACGAGACCGAAAUAUGUGGGACGUCAUUAGGAUGUAAAGAGAAACUCCAGGAUCAAAGUGAUUCAGAGUUGCAGGAGGGUGAGGCUCAGGCGGAGGAUAAGGCUGAACCUGCUACUUGUCAGGGCACGGACCUGAAAGAAAUCCCGACCCGGCAGGAAAAACAGAGAGAAACGAGAAGCAGCAAGUGCCUCUGUGCUCCCACCCAGGAGAAACCAAAUAAAAACGUGACGGUUGGAAAAAGCUUCGCUCAGCAUCAAAGACACCGUGACGGGGAAGUGCCAUAUAAAUGCCUGGACUGUGGAAAGAGCUUCAACCACAAAGUGAACCUGAUUUCACAUCAGAGAAUCCACAGGCGGGGAAAACUCUACAACUGCUCAAACUGCAGCAAAACUUUCCUCCACAAAUCGAUUCUUAGCCGGCAUUUGAGGAUGCACACAGGGCAGAAGCCAUUCAGCUGCGCAGACUGUGGCGUCAGUUUGAGCGCUCAGUCCAGCCUCACUCGGCACCAGAGGAUCCACACGAGGGAUAAGCCCUACAAGUGCUUGGAGUGCGAGAAGAGCUUCAGCCAGAACUCGGACCUUAUGAGGCACCAGAGACUCCACACAGGGGACAAACCAUACCAGUGCUCCGAGUGCGGGAAGAGCUUCAGCCGGGGGGACUGUCUGGCUUCGCACCAGAAAAUCCACACGGGGAAAGAUCAGGCCAGCUUCCCGACGGCAGCAAGAACUUCGGUGAUCAAUCAGGUCUUAUUCAGUGCUGUGAUUAUCGGAGAAGAUCUGCAGAGAAUACCGGAAGUUCGGAUCAAGGAGGAACCGAGCGAGGGGCAGCUGCAGCGCUGGGAAACCCAGUGGCAGGACUUCCUGAAGAAAGUGGAGGUUUCUCAGUUAGGCUGGGCACCACAGCUGGAGGAGCCCACCCCCUGGGACGAUGCCAAGGCCUUCUUCGCCUCCUUCGAGCAAGUGGCCCAAGCCUGCCGGUGGCCCAAGGUGGAGUGGGUGGCCCGACUCCAGCCGGCCCUCAGGGGAGAAGCCGAGCAGGCCUUCAGUGGGCUGGAGGCCGGAGACAGAGAGGAUUAUGGGAAAGUGAAGGCGGCCAUCUUGCAAAGGGACGCCAUCGGUAGAGAGAAGCUGCGUCAACACUUCCGGGGCUUCUGCUACCAGGAGGCUGAAGGGCCCAGAGGGGCCUACACCCGGCUGCAGGAGCUUUGCUCCCGGUGGCUGAAGUUCCUGACCGUCCUUCCGCCGGAGAUCCAGAGCUGGGUGAGGGAGUGCGGGCCGGAGACCUGCUCCCAGGCGGUGGCCCUGGCCGAGGACUUCCUCCUGAGGCAGCAGCAGACCAAGAGAUGGGAAGUGCAGGAGCUGGCAAAGUUUGAGGAGGUGGUGGUGUGCUCUGUGAAGACUGAACCAUCUCCCUCCAGCCCUGUGGAGAUGAAGAAAGCCAAGCAGGAUCUGGGUUCUGGGGUGCUGGGUUAUGUGCAGCUGAGCAAAGGUGGAGAGAAAAUUCUGGAGUCUUCUGAGCCUGAGGCGUUCCACAGGAGAGCAACUGUGACCGUUUCCCUGGCUGAGGAGGUGGGCAAAACGGGCAGGAGCCAACAUACCCCAAAGAGGCAGCAAAGAACCCGCCAGAGGAAUCGGGCAGGAGGAUCCGUUCCUGGCGUGGCAGACGAGGCCCUUGGCAAACGCCUCUCAAGGCCUAAAGAACAGCCCUGCGCCAUUCCAGAGGGAGGUUUCGGCAAAGACUCCAGGCUUGGCCAACUUGAAAGAACCCAAAAUGGCAGGGGACAAGUUCAGGACGCCGGGGAGAGCCCUCUUCUGAGACCUGAGAAGUCGCGCAUGUGCUCUUUCUGCGGGAAAGCCUUCUGCGAGAUCGCCCACAUGAGGGCCACACACUUCGAGAAGAAGCCCUUCCAGUGCUCGGCCUGCGCGAAGUGCUUCAGCCGCAACUCGCUGCUCCUCAAGCACGAGAGGACGCACGACGGGGAGAAGCCGUACCCCUGCUCCACGUGCGGGAAGAGCUUCGUGUACAGCUGGAACCUCAUUAAGCACAAGAAGAAGCACACGGGCGAGAAGCCCCACAAGUGCUCGGCGUGCGGGAAAACCUUCUUUGAGCGCUCGGACCUCGUGCGGCACGAGAGGACUCACACGGGAGAGAAGCCCUACAGACACUCGAGAAUCAAAAUGGAGAAUCAGGACACCACAGGCGACACGUUGCAGAAGGCGCCAGGGAGAAAAGGGAAAAGCACAGGUUUCCUCCAGGAUGGGAGCAUCAAGGAACUCUUGCAUCGGUUUCCAGGAGGGCAGGUGAAGGAGGAGCCAGGCGAGGAGCCGACAGAAGCCCCAUGGCAGGAGCUCCUGAAGAAAAUGGAGUUGCCUCGGUCCGAGUGGGAGAAGCCACAGUUGCCUGAGGAGCCGUUGGACGACGCAAAGUCUUUCCUGGCCUCUUUCGAGCGAGUGGCCAAAACCUGCCAGUGGCCCAGGGAAGAAUGGGCGGCUCGAAUCCUGCCGGCCCUCACGGGAGAUGCUGAGCAGGACUUCAGUGGGCUGGAAGGCAAAGACAAAGAGGAUUAUGGGAAAGUGAAGGCGGCCAUCUUGAGAGCGGAGGCCAAGAAGAGGGAAGAGCAACGUCAACGUUUUAGAUGCUUCUGCUACCAGGAGGCCGAGGGGCCCAGAGGGACGUACCUACGGCUCCGGGGACUUUGCUACGGGUGGCUGAAGGUGGAGAGGCUCUCGAAGGAGCAGAUCCUGGAGCUGCUGAUCCUGGAGCAGUUCCUGGCCAUCCUGCCGCCCGAGAUGCAGAGCUGGGUCAAAGAACAAGGCCCAGAGGCUUGUCCCCAGGCAGUGUCUCUCGCAGAGGAUUUCCUGCUGAGGCCACGAGAGGCCAAGGGGCAGGAGAAACAGGAGUCCCUGAAGAUGGUUGAGUCUCCUCACUCAGGCUGGAAAAUACCACAGUGGUCGGAGGAGCCCGGGCCAUGGGAUGACAUGAAGGUCUUCCUGGCCUCCUUUGAGCAAGUGGCUCAAGCCUGUCGGUGGCCCCCGGAAGAAUGGGCAGCCCGGCUCCUGCCUGUCUUCAGAGGAGAAGCCGAGAGGACCUUUAGCAGCCCGGAGGCCGGAGACAAGGGGGAUUAUGGGAAGGUGAAGGCAGCCAUUUUGCGACAGGACGCCAUCAGGAGGGAGAAGAACCGCCAACACUUCAGGCACUUCUGCUACCAGGAGGCCGAGGGGCCGAGAGGGGCUUACUGUAGACUCCAGAAACUUUGUAGAGGGUGGCUGGCGGUCGAAGGACACACCAAGGAGCAGAUCCUGGAUCUGCUGAUCCUGGAGCAGUUUCUGGCUGUCCUGCCGCCGGAGAUGCAGAGCUGGGUCAGGGGACAGGACCCGGAGACCUGCUCCCAGGCGGUGGCCCUGGCCGAGGAGUUCCUGCUGAGGCAGCAAGAGUCCGAGAGAGAGGAGAAACAGGUGGCUUUGGAGGAGGAGGAGGAGGAAGAAGAUGCAAAUUUCUCGGAUGCAGGGCAAUCUCCGUGGGACUCCGAAGAGGGGCACCUGUGUGUGGUAAUCAAGCAGGAAGUUGAGGAUGGAGAGGCCAGUCCGUGUGAAGACUGGGCUGUGAGAGGAAUCGUGGUGGAGGAAGGCCUCAAGGUGGAAGGCAGUCUGAGGUGUUCUCCAGGAGAAUUUCAAGAGCUGGCUGAGAUAAAUAUGUGCAAGACUGAAAAUGAGGAGGAACCAAGCGAAGCGUCUGUGGAAAGAUUUGAGGAUGCCGGGAAUACGUGCCCCGUGUGUGGGAAAAACUUCAGCUGCAAAUCGGACCUUAACAGACAUCAGAGAACCCACACAGGAGAGAAACCAUUUCGAUGCUUUGAGUGCGGGAAGAGCUUCAGUCGGGGCGACUACCUUAUUUUGCACCAAAGGCUUCACAGAGGGGAGAAACCCUAUAAGUGCUCAGAGUGCGGGAAGGGCUUCUAUCGAAGCACGCGCCUUAUUUCACAUAAGAGAAUCCACCUAGCGGAGAAGCUGUAUAAAUGCUCCAGCUGCAGCAAGAGCUUCUGUGACCAGUCCAGACUUAUGCAACAUAAGAGGACGCAGCACUCAAGCGAGAGGCCGUAUAAAUGUUCAGAGUGCGGAAAGAGCUUCAUUCGGAAAGCACACCUUACUAGACAUCAAAGAAUCCACACAGGCAAGGUACUAUACAAAUGCUUAGAGUGUGACAGGAGCUUCAAUUGUAGCAAGCAUCUUAUUUCACACCAAAGAAUCCACACUGGAGAGAAGCCGCAUAAAUGCCCAGCGUGUGGGAAGAGCUUUAAUUUCAGCGGGAACCUUACUUCACACCUGAGAAUGCAUACAGGAGAGAAACCAUUUGAAUGCUCCGAGUGCGGGAAGACUUUCAGUCGGAGUGCCCACCUCACCUUACAUCAGAGAACCCACACGGGGGAGAAGCCAUACAGCUGCUUGGAGUGCGGAAAGAGCUUCAGUCAGAGCAGCAACCUUACUUCCCACCAGAGAAUCCACACAGGGGAGAAGCCUUAUAAAUGCUCGGUGUGUGACAAGAGCUUUGGCCGGGGUGACUCUCUUAUUUCCCAUCAAAAAACCCACGUGGCAGAAACCAUAUAAGUGCCCAGAGUGUGGAAAGAGCUUUUUGCCAAAAGCACGCACCUUAUUUCACACAAGAAAAUUCACAGACGAGGGAGGAACCGCAGGAAAAAUGCUGUGCCGUCAAUGCUUGGAACUGGGAAACGGCUUUGGCAAAAAGACAACUCUUGCUACACCACAAAGAAUGCACAACUCUCAAAACCAUCUGCUUGUUCUCAUUUGCUCCACUGAAACAUACAUAGUGAAUAAAAUUAGAAAAGGUUUAUCAACGGAUAUAACCUUUAUUAUAGUGUUGAGCAGAGCUUUCCAGACUUUUCACGUUGGUGACACGCUUUUUAGACGUGCAUCCUUUCGUGACACAGUAAUUCAGUUUUGCUAGCAAACCGGAGGUUAAACUAACCCCUUUCCAGCCCCGGGAGGAGCAUGGGGAACGUUUGUGCAACACAACUACACACCACAGCUGACUCACUGAAAUAUUGCAACACAUAGUUUGGAAAGAUCUGGUACAGAGAGAGACAGGACUAGUUUUUGCCUUUCCCAAGGUCUCUUGGAAGCCAAAGAGACACUAUAUUGCGGCCUAAAGUGAUUUGAAUUGGGUCAUCUGAAAUCCUUAGUUGGGGGGCAAGCCUUCAGUUGACAGUCCAAACUAGAUUUGGGCCUUCUGUCCUGGAAACUGAGAACACUGUCAUGGAACAAGGAGGCAUAUCUACAAUUACUGAGGGUAGGGUGGGCGGGGACCAAUAUUACAAAGUUCAGGUAUCUUUGUGAAAGAGCUUCGCAAGUACGGCACAUUAAACAGGUUUUAACGAAGUACGAUUAGCCUUGUUCUUGUUGAUAGCUGUUAGUGUAGUGAUCUGAAGAGUCUACAAGUUUGGGAGGCUCAUAAAGGUGAGCUCCCAUUGCUCUGUCCCAGCUCCUGCCAAGCUAGCAGUUUGAAAGCACACCAGUGCAAGCGGAUAAAUAGGUACCACUGUGGCGGGAAGUAAACGGCAUUUUCAUGUACUCUGGUUUCUGUCUCGGUGUUCCAUUAAUCCAGAAGCAGUUUAGUCCUGCUGGCCACAUCACCCAGAAAGCUGUCUGUGGACAAACGCCGGCUCCCUCAGCCUGAAAGCGAGGUGAGCACCACAACCCCAUAGUCGCCUUUGACUGGACUUAACCAUCCAGGGGUCCUUUACCUUUACCAAUCCUUGGAAUAUCAAGGUAGGAAAAGACUCCUGGAAAGAAUUUAUCUAGAGCCACAAUCUCUCAUAACAUUGUCCUUGAUGAGUCUGGAGAACUCGAAAGCUUCCUUAUGUUUCGUGGCAUUUUUUGUUGGUCCUAAUAAAAAAGUUUUGCUCA